CUGUUUUUGGAUGACAAGUUUGAAAAUUUUGAACUUUAUCAUGGCACCUUGCCAACUGCAGGCUCUGAUAUGGACCAAGUCUUGGCAUUGAUGACGAAGCUUUCGGAGGAAGUCGCUGUGCAGCAAAACCAGGCAAAGCGAAUCAACAAGUACCAGCAGCUCUUCCAGGUUACCGAAAGUCGGUACGAUGACCUUUAUGUGGUAGUCGAUGAAAUUGAGCUCAAACGCGCAAUGUGGUCGGGCCUGAAGGCAACUGAGAUUGAUGACUUCCUAGACUUAGGAGAUGAGACAGAGCAGGACGGGGCCAGCGAAACUUCGGAUGGGAGAGUCGUGGCGCCCAUCAAAAAGAAGGCUAGGGGGACCGGGAAGCAGAAGAUCGACCGAGGAGAGUCCUUCACUCUCGGACUUCUGCUGCAAAACAAUGUAAUGGAACAUAAAGAACAAAUAGCACAGAUUUCAGUGGAGGCGACGCAGGAAGGAGCCUUGGAGGAGUUGCUGCGUAAAGUGCAGACAAAGUGGGCAGACAUUGAAUUCACAGUGAAGCUGUACAAAGAGAGCAAGGAUGUCUACAUUCUGGGAUCUGUUGAAGAUGUGAUUAUGGCCCUCGAAGACUCCAUGGUGACCAUGUCUACCAUCACUGCAUCCAGUGCCACGUCAGCAACUGCCACGCCAAUGAAGUUCCACAUCAGCAGCAGGGCCACGUCAGCAGUGUUGCGUCAGCCGCAGCUAAUGCUCCGGCGCAGCAGAUGCAUCGCAACACGUGAAGGGCGGGCAGUCACAGCAGAACAGCCGCUACCCCUGCCCCUCCCCUCCGAAAUGGAGGCACAAGGCAACCCCACGGUGGACAAUGCCGCAUCCGACAGUCCACGCGAGGUAUGCAGUACGAACCCCCUGGUCCCACAGGUCCAGCAGGUGAGUUCCACUGCGACACCUGCGGGAGCCCUCGACGCUGCGCCAGUCCGGCAGCAAGGUGAGACCAUGACGGCCUUCAUGGCCGGCCUGGCCACCUACAUGCAACAGGUGCAAGAGGAACAGCGACGCGAGGCGGCAGCCGAAGCCGCACGACUCAACGCCAUUGCACGUGACGCGGAGCAACGACGCUGGCAGCACGCUGAAGCAGCUGCCAACCAUAACAAAGCUCAACAAGAUGCCACAUCCGUCCUCAUGCAGCUGGAAGCCGCUCAUACCGCCGCACUCCAAGCAUGGAAUGUUGAUCCGGCGGAGACGACGGAACCGAUUGCGGAGGAACAGACCAAGGCAGCCCUCACCAACAUGAUGCACCGAGUCAUCCUCACUUACAACUGGCAACAAGUGGAGUUGGCCCAGCAGGCACAUGUCAUUUGCGGUUAUGAGGAGACUCUCAAGAGUCUCCCCGCCCGCCUUGACAUGCUGGAGAAGGAUGACGUACCGCAUUGGCACACGACAUCCUCAAGUACUGAUCCAUCGAUCCGCGAGCUGGAAGGACGAAUGGAUCACCUGGUAGCGCUCGUCGUAAAUUUGAACAGUUUCCAACGGCUGGCGACCAUCAGCCAGCAAAUAGCCGCCCUACAAGCGGACCUGCGUCAGCUGCAGCGGCAGCCAACCGGGACCUGCAACAACAUGACGUCUAAACAGUACAAGAUGCUGAAGUUCAGCAUCGACAAGUUUGAUGACUACCACAAGGUGGACCCCAUAAGUUUGCGGCAAGGGUUCACCAACGAGCUCUCCAUUCACUUGGUCUCGCCAGAGUCGAAGAUCUCAGCUCUUUACGUCUGCAGCACCGGUGCCAGCCAAGUGUGGCUCAACCACCUGGCACAAACUGAAGGCGUCGAGGUCACUAAGCUCUACACCAAGAUCACUUGGGAGUCCAAGACCGAGAAGUGGCGGAAACGCUUCAUCGUCGAUGAUGCUCAAGGCAAAGGCGCGAACCGGAUCUUCACCAUGCACCAAGGUCGCCAGUCAACACGAGAAUGGCUAACCGAAUGGCAGAAACGUGUGACGAUUCUGAAUCUAGAUAUACCUUUCGUACAUCUUCGUCGUGAAUUCUUCCAGCGGUCGGUCGACGCACUGAGCACGGCCCUUGGGGAGCGGAGCCUGUCCAAGGACUUCGACCAGAUCGUGGAAAAGGCGUGCGAAGUAAUCCAAACAAAUCAGUGGGCCGCCAAUGAGCGGUGAAGCCAACCGAAUUUUGUGGAGAAGGGCAAAGGCCCGCGUCCGCAGCAAGU